AAAUUUUUCUUGUAAAAACAAUGGCAAAUGAUCCAAAAAAAUCUACAACAAAAGAAUCGAAUAAAGAUUCAAAAGAACGUAAAGAUGAUUUGAAAAAAAAGACGGCUACAAUCGAUCUUGGAUUUCUUGAAGAGGAUGAUGAUUUUGAAGAAUUUCCAGCUGAAAAUUAUGAUUUAUUGGAAAAUGAUGAUAUCGAACCGGUAAACAUUUGGGAAGAUGAUUGGGAUGAUGAUAAUAUCGAAGAUGAUUUUAGUGCACAGCUAAAAGCUGAAUUUGAAAAACGAACUUUGACCGGCAAAUGAAAUAAUUUGAUUCGAAUAAAAUUGUAAAUGGACACCACUACUUUUCACUCAUAAUGUCAAUUUGAAUAAUUAAAAUUUUUUUUUAAAAUUC